AUGUCGGAAUCUGUGUUUGUGGGACUGUGUUCUAAAAUAGGAACCCCACAACAAGUCGCCAUGAGGAGAGAUGUGGUGGACAUUGAUGAGACAGUGAAAAGACAAGGGAAACCCAAUAAUAACCAGAGGUACAUGAUGAGUGGAAGUCGACGAGAAGGGUUCAGAUUGACAGGAUCAGAUGUAGACAGGAUGUUUUGGCCUAUUGAUCAUCAGGUGAUCUGGGACCGGCGCCAAUUUCAAAAUGUAAAUGGAAAAACCAUGAUAUUCGGUGAAUGUUCUAUAAGUCCGCCAGGAUUUGCUCUGCUUCAAAUCCUGACACCACCUUGGAACAGAGAUAUUUUCUUGGCCUGUUUCAUAAUGAAAAGAAGAGCUUAUAUUUCUAGUUCAGCCUACAAGAAGGUUAUGUGUUCCAAAUUCCAAAUUUCUACCUUCAGCGGGCCCUGUGGAAGCGGGAAUGUAGUUGGAGUAGAUUUUGAUAAUGCUUACUGUCUUGCCUCUGAUUUUUGGCCUCCAGCUGCCUCGUUAUGGAUAGAAAGAUGUCACGUGUGGCCUCCAGCUCAUGUUGUGGUAGAUAUCGUUCAGAGAGGAUGCCACUUGGUACCAGUUGGACAUCCACUAGGACAUUAUCAAAGUAAAGAAUGGAGAAUUUCUUUUUCUCUGGCAGAACAGAAACUUGUGUACUCGAUGAAUCACUGCCAGUUCUUGACUUACGGAUUGUUAAAAUUGUUCUUGAAGGAGGUCAUAAUUUGUCGGUCAGAGGAUAACGGAGCGGCAGAAGACAAUACCAAACUACUUUGUUCCUAUCACAUGAAAACAGUUGUGUUUUGGGUAAUUCAAGAAAACACCAUUCCAUGCUGGAGUACACAUAAUCUUUUGGAGUGUUUCUGGAUCUGUUUUAAAGUCAUCCUGAAGUGUGUGUACGAGGGGGUCUGUCCUAACUUUUUCAUUCCUCAAAACAACAUGUUUUUAGUGAAGAUAUACGGGGAGGCACAAAAUAGAUUAUUUUUAUGGUUGCAUUCAUUAUACACGACAGGUAUGGCAUCCCUAUUACGGAGUCCGUCCAUACGAUCACAUAUCGUACAAGUUCUGUGCAAUCCUAGGCGUUCCGUUUGUAUAGAUGAGCGUUACCUGACGUCUGAAAUCGAGUUUGAUAUUGAUUUAUUCAGUAAUUUGACCACUUUUGAUCUGCGCAAUGCCGAAUUUCAAAAAAGUUUGAAAUAUCUUCGAAAAAUCGAACAAUUGAUAAUUUCACCAGCUUCACCGUAUGAAAUUGUCAUGUUACAAAAAAUGUUAGCAGCUACACUUCACUUAAUUGCAUUCAUGUUGCAUACAGAGUACACAGGUACUAGAGACAAUAAAUGGAUGUACGCUGCUGACAAAAUGUCUUGUAACAUGUUGAAAGCUACAGCCAAGUUUGGGUUGAUUUCUGACAUGUUAUACAUUGCCAUGUAUUACUACAAGACAUUCAGAUACAAGAAAGCCAUAUCCGUAAUUGAGAUGACAAAGGCCAGGCUGUCACAGCCGCAUGUGAUGCAUUGGAUACAUGUGGACGUGGAGAGUUAUAUAGCGGCGCUCGGAGGACAGUCCUGGUCUACGAAGAUGAGAAAGGCUGUGGUCCAUAACAUUAUGCUUCUUGCAGACAUACCGUACGUCAACGAAUUAAUGUUAGAACUACAGUGUACCAUCGGGGGACAGAGGGAUGGACUAAUGGUUCCACCACAUGUCCUCAUGCACAUGUUGGAUUUUCUAUGCAGUAGACAUGUUGACUCGGCACGAGCACAGACAGCUUUAGAUGCCUUAUAUACCUUAGUGAAUUAUGAUGAGGGGAAGUACGUACCCGUACAUCUUAAAGACAUAUCAUGGCAGAUCCUUGGGAUUUGUCAGCAGAUUUCGGGGCCUUCGAAUCUCGAGGCUGCUCUGUGCUCUUACCAAAGGUCACUCCGAUAUGAAUUCAAUAAAAUACAGAUUGCUACACUGACGAGAAUACUGGGCUUCGUAAUCAAAAACAAGUCCCACCCGUUGCUGGUCAGUCGAGGAACAUAA